AUGACAUCAGCAAGAUUAUCAGUUCAUCACGUCAGUUCAGCGGCAAGUAUAUCAAGUCGUACGACGGGAUCGCCACGAUUAAGUACUCAUGCAACUGGCGAAAGCGAUACGGUUUUAAUUGCAAAAAAAAUGAGCAGUCUAAGUUUGACUGAACGUGAAGAAAAACAACAUGCACUUGAUCGAUUAGAAAUGCUUAAAACGGUUGGUACAGGUUCUUACGGUCAUGUGCUUGUUGUGAGAGAUCGUGAAACGUCAACUUAUUAUGCAUUAAAAAUAUUUUCUAUUACUCACGUUGUACAUUCUCGACAAACUGAACAUGUGAAAAGUGAAAGAGAAAUUUUAUCAGCGAUUAAACAUCCAUUUAUUGUUCGACUUUAUUGGACACAUCAUUCGGAUCAAUUUCUUUAUAUGCUUUUCGAUUAUUUACCGGGAGGUGAAUUAUUUUCAUAUAUGAGACGACAAGGUACAUUUGAUUUGAAAACAUCAUUAUUUUAUAUAUGUGAAAUAAUACUUGCAUUUGAAUAUCUACAUUCAUUGCAAAUUAUUUAUCGCGACUUGAAGCCUGAAAAUAUUCUUCUUGAUGCCGAAGGUCAUACUAAAGUUGUUGAUUUUGGUUUUGCAAAAAAAAUUUUAAAUAAAACAUUUACUACAUGUGGUACGCCUGAUUAUUUAAGUCCGGAAUUAUUCAAGAAUACAGGACACAAUAAAAGUACGGAUUGGUGGAGUCUAGGAAUAUUAUUAUUUGAAAUGUUAACCGGAGGAACACCCUUUAAUCCAAAUCAAAAUGAAAGUGAAAUUCCCAGUCGGGUUCUCGCUGGUAGAAUAACAUGGCCACGUACAAUAGAUGAACCAACAAAAGCAUUUAUUAAAAAAUUGCUUAUUCAAAAUCCUGACAAACGUCUUGGAGCUGGUCGAAAUGGUUCGCGUGAAAUAAAGGAACAACCCAUAUUUGCAUCUAUUAGAUGGGAUGAUAUUUAUGCAAGAAAAUCAAAGCCACCCAUAAUACCAGCAGUAAAACAUCCAGGUGACACAUCAUGUUUUGAUCAAUAUCCAGAAGAUUGGCGAUCAGCACCAUUUGCAUCGGAUAAAGAACUAGAUUUAUUUGUUGAUUUUUAA